AUGUGGCUGGCCUGGGCUCUCCUCUGGGCCCUCUGCUGGGUGCCCGGCGGCAGGGGGGAGUAUGCCCUGCCCAAGUUCGUCUGCAGCCCCAUGCCCCUGGAGCUGGAGACGGGCUGCCAGCAGGCCCCGCAGCCGCGGGCCGGGGGGCACUGGGCGGGCACACUGGAGGAGGCCAAAGAGACCAUCCUGCACCUGCGGGAGACAGUGGUGCACCAGAAGGAGACCAUCCUGGACCAGCGGGAGACGGUGCGGGAGCUGACAGCCAAGCUGAGCCGGUGCGAGGGGCGGCACAGCCACAACAGUUCCCUGUUCUCCAUCUCCCUGCGUGACGCCCUGCAGAAGAAAAUCAGCAUCUUGGAGCAUCAGAUCCAAGAGAAAUUCAACACCACCGAACACCACGGCCACGAGGAGCCGCACCACGGCCACGAGGAGCUGCACUGGCACAAGAACAGGAAUCACAUCCCCUUUCCCCUGGGGCUGGUUGUGUCUGGCCGCCCCAGGACUGACCUUGUCCCUCUAGGGCACAAAGUGGAGAAGCCGGACGAGGUUUUCCGUGUGGGCUUCCCCCUUCGCACCAACUACAUGUACGUCAAGGUGAAGCGGACGCUGCAUCACGAGAUCUUCGCUUUCACUGUCUGCCUCUGGCUCAAGUCCAGCUCAGCGCCUGGCGUUGGCACCCCCUUCUCCUACUCCGUGCCUGGCCAGGCCAACGAGCUGGUGCUCAUUGAGUGGGGCAACAACCCCAUGGAGCUGCUCAUCAACGACAAGGCUGCCACCUUGCCCCUGGCUAUCCACGACGCCAAGUGGCACCACAUCUGCGUGACCUGGUCGACGCGGGACGGCAUCUGGGAGAGCUACCAGGACGGGGUGCGGCGGGGCAGCGGGGAGAACCUGGCCCCCUGGCACCCCAUCAAGCCAGGGGGCGUCUUCAUCCUGGGGCAGGAGCAGGACACGCUGGGCGGCCGCUUCGACGCCACGCAGGCCUUCAUCGGGGAGCUGGCCGACUUCAACGUGUGGAGCCACGUCCUGGCGCCGGGCGAGGUCUACAGGCUGGCCACCUGCGCCGGCCGCGCCCGCGGGGAUCUCGUGGCCUGGGCCGAGGGCGCCGUGGAGCUGCACGGGGGCGUGGCCAAGCUGCCCUUCAACGCCUGCCACUGA